CACCCGCCCAUGCCGCUUAGGGACCUGGAGGGGGUGACGCCAUCGGCAGGGCGCGACGUUCGUAAGGAAACAUUAUAAAUCAUAGCAUCCAAAACACCAGCCUGCUAUCCAACUAUAUAAGGCGGCAAGAUGCGCAAUUUUCACGCUCAUUCACUUCUGACCUAUUGUCGCAGAAUCCCAAAAUGACGACCGCAAGCUUCAAGCACAUUGACACCAGCUCCUAUGAGGGCAAGCCGUGGACCAAGGUCGAUGGCCCUGGCAAAUCGUUCAAAGAGCACGAACUUAUCCGCAACGUGCAUAACCUGCGCGGGAGGGAAAACGAAUUCACCACCGAUAAUGCGGGCUUCGCCGUGUACCGGUAUCCAGCCAAGGAGAAGCUCUUCACAGACGAUAAGGCGGUGCGGGAGGGGUACUACAAAGAGGUGGAGCAGCUACUGAGGGAGAAGCUUCCUGGAAUAAAGAAGGUUGUCAUCUUCGACCAUACAAUCCGUCGCCGGGUGAAGGACGCACCGCGCCAGCCGGUACAGCAGGUCCAUGUUGACCAGACCCCCCGAGCAGCCGAAGUUCGAGUGCGACGCCAUGUUCCCAAAGAAGAGGCGGAGGAGCUGCUCAAAGGGAGAUAUCAAAUCAUCAACCUGUGGAGGCCUAUCGAGAACCCUGCCUCGGACCAUCCGCUCGCGGUCAUAGAUUGGCGUUCCACCUCGCCCGACGACUUCGUGCCUGUCGACCUUCUCUACCCGCGGAGAGAAAAUGAGGAUGGAGAUGAUGACGAUAGGGGCAAGGAGAAGCUUCCAGAUCCGUCGUCCUAUGAGUCCACGGACGGGUACGAAGCUAAAGGAGAGACGCUGGCCGUUGCUGCGAAUGAGAAGCACCAGUUUUAUUACGUGAAAGAUAUGACCCCUGAGGAAGCCAUGCUCCUGAAGUGUUUCGACUCACAUGGAGAGGGCAUGGAGAGAGGAAAGAAGGGACUGGCAUUGAGAACACCACAUACGGCCUUUGAGGAUCCCAACACGCCCAAAGAUGCACCUGGAAGGCAAAGUAUCGAGGUUCGAUGCCUUGUCUUUUACGAAUGAUAGGCUGGAAAGCAUUAUCAGUGAGGCGACAUUGACUGAGGGUCAUCUUUGUUUGCAUCACAUCAUAAUCCCAUCUGACAGCAAGGGCUUCUCCAGGCGGCACCUACGACUUUAUGUACACCAUAUAGACAAGCGUCUCAUUUAAUUCAUUGUCAUCAUUGAA